UUAUAUACAUCAUACACAUUAUACCCAUCAUACCCAUCAUACACAUUAUACCCAUCAUACCCAUCAUACCCAUCCAACCAUCCAUCCAUCCAACCAUCCAUCCCAAUCAUCCAACCCCAACAUAACAUUCCCAAAAAUCUCGCAAACUCCUUCCCCGAUCCCAAGCGUAUCUACCCAGCCAAAAGUGCAUACCCCUCGAUCGCCGUCCUAACCUAAACGGGUACUAAAUGAUACGAAAUAAAAUAGAACCCCUGCAUAUAUCGUGACUUUAAAUAACCCCCACGAUAUACGCAGGUGCGAUAAUCGAGUGUCCUUUCACCAAUCAGGAGGUGUGAAUCAGAGGGUUAUAAGGAUAGCUAUACGUACCAAGAGGUAGAUUUAUACCUAGGAUGGAUGCAUCAAUCAAUUGACCUAUCAAAAUACGAAAACUAACUUUAUACCAAGACUGAGAUAGAUUGAAUGGAAGGGAAGGAGAAGAGUCAUAUGCUAGACUAGAUCUUUUACUUAGAAAAGUAUUUUCAUAAUUUGAAUUUCUUUUUCGUUCUUUUCUCUGAUAUAUUUAUAUAUAUAUAUAUACAUAUCUCAUACCUACCAAUACUCCCGAGUACAUACAUACAUACAUCUUCGAAAUAGAUUUCUUAUACUACCUUAGAAAAAGACCUUCACGCUUUAAACUUCAGUUCUCUCCUCUCAACACCCAACAAUACUCACAAAAUGUCCAACGAACUACCCACCAGCGCCACCAAUGGAAAUGGAAACGGUCAUGGCAGCAACACAUCCUCUAACUUUGUCGUCAAGACCGGGUUGGCGCGAAUGUUAAAAGGGGGUGUGAUUAUGGAUGUAGUCAAUGCUGAACAAGCACGCAUCGCAGAAGAAGCAGGCGCAGUAGCAGUCAUGGCACUCGAGCGAGUUCCCGCCGAUAUUCGUGCUCAGGGAGGUGUAGCCCGUAUGUCCGAUCCAAAGAUGAUUCGAGAAAUUAUGGAGACGGUUACCAUACCUGUUAUGGCCAAGGCGAGAAUCGGUCAUUUUGUUGAAUGUCAGAUCCUCCAAUCCAUCGGCGUAGACUACAUCGACGAAUCCGAAGUUCUCACUCCCGCCGACGCGCUCCACCACGUCGAGAAACACGCCUUCACCAUCCCCUUCGUCUGCGGCUGCCGCAAUCUCGGUGAAGCCCUCCGCCGCAUCUCCGAGGGCGCCGCCAUGAUCCGCACCAAAGGCGAAGCUGGCACCGGCGACGUCAUCGAAGCUGUGCGUCACCAACGCCAAGUAACCUCGGAAAUCCGUGCCGCCUCUCUCAUGUCGGAUGAAGAAUUACGCAUCCUGGCAAAAGAUAUCCAAGCCCCCUUUGAGCUUCUCAAAGAAACUGCAAAAUUGGGUCGUCUCCCCGUGGUUAAUUUCGCAGCGGGAGGAAUUGCUACACCGGCUGAUGCGGCACUCAUGAUGCAGUUAGGAUGUGAUGGUGUUUUUGUCGGAAGUGGCAUUUUCAAGAGUGGAGAUGCGGCGAAGCGUGCGAAGGCGAUUGUCCAGGCGACGACGCAUUUUAAUGAUCCGAAGGUGUUGGCGGAGGUGAGUGAGGAUUUGGGAGAGGCAAUGGUGGGGUUGAAUUGCGGGACGAUGGAUCCCAAGGAGAAGAUGCAGGGGAGGGGAUGGUAGAUGGAUGGUUGGAUUGAUGACUUGGGUGAAUUAUGAAGAGUGAAAUGAUUGAAUGAUAGGGAAGGAAGGAGGUGAGGGUGGUACUUUGUUUAUACAAAUAAUAUCACUUCUAUGGAUUCUAUGGAUACAAUAGGGGAAAAGAGAAUAAGGUUAGGGUUUGGUAUACCAUCAUAUCAAAUGACAUUCAUGGUAUGUGCAGAGGCGUGAAAGAUAGGUCUAGGUAUAUAGAGAUUCUCAACUCAUCUCAAAAAUAUAAAUCCACAAAGCUCAAGAAAUUACAGUAUGAAGUAGCUAGCACAUAAGUUUUUGCAUCCUUUCAAUAUUCCUCGAGUG